CGGUUACAGCAUGCACGGUCAGACACUGGGGUCAGCGGCUUACAGCAUGCACGGUCAGGCACUGGGGUCAGUGGCUUACAGCAUGCCCGGUCAGACACUGGGGUCAGCGGCUUACAGCAUGCCCGGUCAGACACUGGGGUCAGCGGCUUACAGCAUGCCCGGUCAGACACUGGGGUCAGCGGCCUACAGCAUGCCCGGUCAGACACUGGGGUCAGCGGCUUACAGCAUGCACGGUCAGACACUGGGGUCAGCGGUUUACAGCAUGCCCGGUCAGACACUGGGGUCAGCGGUUUACAGCAUGCCCGGUCAGACACUGGGGUCAGCGGCUUACAGCAUGCACGGUCAGACACUGGGGUCAGCGGCUUACAGCAUGCACGGUCAGACACUGGGGUCAGCGGCUUACAGCAUGCACGGUCAGACACUGAG